AUGUCCGCGCGAUCCAGGAAUUCGAGUUCCCUUCGAACGAGCCUUCGCGCAGAGAUUGACCCGAUCUUCAAGGAUGCAAGGAGCACGGAUAUUGUCAUUCCGGUCAUGGGUCUCACCGGAGCAGGGAAGAGCACCUUCGUCAACUAUCUACUGGGGCCUGAACGCAAAAACGAACAUCUCAAGGUUGGAGAGGGGCUCUCGUCGUGCACGGCGUUUGUCCAACCUGUAGUGCUUCCCUUGAACCGCGAGGCAACCCAGAGGGAGGAAGCAAGGAUCGUGGUGGUGGACACACCUGGGUUCGACGAUACCUUGGUGGAAGAUGUGGACGUGUUGAAGAGGAUAGCCGCUUGGCUGGCAACCUCAUACGCUAAGGGAUUACAGCUAGGAGGGGUAAUCUACCUCCAUGACCUAUCGCUGGAUCGUUUUGAUUCGACCUCUAUGAAGAACCUCGUGCUGUUCAAAGCGCUCUGUGGUCAAGCUGCGUUCGACAAGGUCGUCCUUCUCACCACGAAAUGGGGAAAGUUUGCGGACGAGAAGAUAUACGUUGCCGAGAGUAGGGAGAACGAACUCAAGACCAAGUUUUGGAAAGAGCUCAUCGGGAAUAGAUCUCAUCCCAUGUCAUUCAGGCCGUCACAGGGAACGGACUCCGGGCAUGGUUGGGAGGAAGAUAGGGCGUGGGAGGUGGUGGACCAUAUCUUGGGCAAGUGGGGGCAUCGACGACAUAAACCACUGGCGAUCCAAAAAGAGCUGGUUGACCAAAACAAGCUACUCCCACAAACGAAAGCCGGGAAACUGCUUAAAGUGUCCUUGAAGUCGGUGUCCAGGGGCAACAGGGGUAAAGCUGACCCCAAAAUACAGGAGAUCGCGAGCGAGCUCAAGACGCCAUUGGGUAUAAGGGUGCGACAGAUGUUCGGUGUAUAUCAAGCGGAAGAGUAUUACUUUAGAUCAACGCCUUCCCUUGUUGAGGAGAGCGCGACCAUGAACAGCGAUCGCUGGACAGUAGGUACACUGCGAUUCAGACAGAACCGUAACCGUUCUGGUAGCAAUGCACCCCCUACAUAUUCCCAAUUCGUACAAUCAAGUUCUCGUUUCCCCAUGCUGCGUUUCUCCCUACAAAAGAGCAUCAAGGUCAUGAGCUCGUGUUGCAUGAAACUUGUCGACGUCGACGAGGAAAAGUUGCUCACCCCCUGA